UUUUCGCAAUUAAACCAGUCAAUUUAAACACUGAGUUUAAAGAAUGGAGCUUGAACUGGAUGUGGUGGACUCCCUUCAGGCUCUGGCCUACGAUGGGAAUUGCCUAGAGCAGGAGGCGCUGAGCAAAGCCCUGGACAACGGCAUCGACGACGAGGACUUGCGUGCGGUGAUUUUCUGGCUGGCCCACGAAUUGCAUGUGCUCCGCAAGACGGACGAGCAUGUGACAUCCAGCAAGAAGGACCACGACGAGUUCGCCAUCGAGCUGUCCCUGCUGCUCACAGAACUGAGCUGUCCCUACAGCCAGCUGGUGAUGGGGCCCAUAUCGGAUCGCUUCGACAGCCGUGACUCGCUGCUGCAGCUGCUGGACUACCUGACCUCGGAGCUGAUGUUCACCAAGAUUUCGCUGAAGACGCAGCCGGUGGGACCACCCAGUAAAAAGUCCAAGACUGAGUCGAAUGUCGAGGCGACAGUAUUGGAGCUGGUGAGGGACCUGCAGCUGGGCGAGCUGCCCAAGAACAUCAGCGCCAAGGCCAUGUUCGACAAGAUUACUCCCCGACUGGAGCAGCGCAUGGGCCAGACCAAUCGCGGUGUUGUCAGCGAGCCCCUGCUUAACCUUAAGAAGCCCCUCAGCGAUGUCCAGUGGCGCAUGUUGGAUGCUCUGCACAUUGAUCUGGAUAGCGAGUACAAUCUUCGUCGCCAAAUGAUGCUCACCCGCCUGGAGGCCACCAUUCAGAGCUUCAAGUGGUCAGAGAGUAUGAGGAAUCGCGAAAACGAGAUCAUGGAACUCUUUCAGCUGAAGCUCAAGGAACUGGAGCAGUUCAAGCUCGGAGGAAACGAAACCAACAUUGUGGCUCUCUUGGCCGCCCGCGCCGACCUUGCCAUCAUCGAAAAGACGAGUUCGGCAAAUGUCCGCAAGAAUACUGCCUCGAAGAUCCAAAAGCAUAUGAUUGGCAGUGUCCCGGAUCGCGGCGGACGAGCCAAUGAGCAUGCUCCGCCCCCACCAGAGAUGCCCUCUUGGCAACAGCAAAGGGCAAGCGGGCCUCAAGGAGGAGGCGGUGGCCGUGGAGGAGGGAACUUUCGAGGCGGUGGGCGUGGUGGCGGCCGCGGUGGUGGCAGAGGAGGAGGAGCAGCGAGUGGUGGCGACAAUUGGCAACCGCAGCAGCCACAUCAUCAGCCACAUCAACAGCAACAUCAACAGCCACAGCAGCAUCGCGAUCGCGAUAACAGUCGGGAUAGAGAUCGAGAUCAACAAUGGACUAGCGGGAGUGGACGAGUGCAGGGCUCUGGCUGGAAUCCCCAAGGCGGACGCGGAGGAGGAGGAGGCCGCGGCGGUGGUCGUGGUCGGGGAGGGGGUGGCGGGGGCUAUCAUCAACGCGGUGGCUACCGAUAAGCUUCGUAUCUGUUUAAGCCAAUUCCAUGAACUGAUAUUAUAAGAGAUCGAUACGUAUCUACCCUCUGCCUGCUUUUAUUAGUUUCGUUGACCCAGUUUAAUUUAUUGCUAAUUUAUAUAAAUGUGUUUAUAAAUGGCUGAAAUUUAUGAAAUAAACUAUAUAUGUCAUCAAA